AUUACCACUAGAAUCAAUCAAGAUGAAUUGCACGUCAGCACACGGUGGGGAUUUUUUCUUAGUUGAUCCUGUCCAAACCCUCUUGUGCAAUAGAUGGAUCUUGUUCAAUGCACUGAAGUCUCCUGGUUGCUUGCAAUCGCAAAAAGGAAGACAUGACUGAGUUUGACGAUUGCAGCCACAGUGCAUCCAAUAUGUAUCUACCAGGGUGCGCUUAUUACGUUUCACCUUCAGAUUUCUCGACGAAACCCUCUUUUUUGUCGCAGUCGUCUUCCUGUCAAAUGACUUUUCCUUAUUCUUCUAAUUUACCUCAUGUCCAACCUGUGCGAGAAGUGGCAUUCAGGGAAUACGGAUUAGAGCGCAGCAAAUGGCAGUAUAGGGGCAGUUAUGCUCCUUAUUACUCAGCUGAGGAGGUUAUGCAUCGAGACUUUCUGCAGCCUGCUAACAGGAGGACGGAAAUGUUAUUCAAAACGGAUCCUGUGUGCAGCCACCAUGGACCCUCCGCCGCUGCCUCCAACUUCUACAACACGGUGGGAAGGAACGGCAUUCUCCCGCAAGGAUUUGACCAGUUUUAUGAGACAGCCCAUGGACCUCCAUACCAGCAGCAAGCAGAGAACGAGGGGGAAGCGGCCAAGAGCGACUUGAAACCUCAGAAUAGCACUUGUAGUAAAACACCUUCCAGCCAAGAGAAGAAAGUGACAACAGAAAACAGCGCCGGUUCCCCUUCUGGUGAGGCUGUUGCAGAGAAGAGCAACAGUUCAGCAGUUCCCCAGCGAUCAAGGAAAAAGCGAUGUCCGUACACCAAAUAUCAGAUAAGAGAACUGGAACGUGAGUUUUUCUUCAACGUGUACAUAAACAAAGAAAAAAGACUGCAGUUGUCCAGAAUGCUGAACCUCACUGAUCGACAAGUUAAAAUCUGGUUCCAGAAUCGAAGGAUGAAAGAAAAGAAACUGAACAGAGAUCGACUUCAAUAUUUCACUGGAAACCCCUUGUUUUGAAAGAAAAGAAAAGAAAAUAUCCCUAUCUAACCUGCCAUCAGAGUACACCAGGAAAUUGGUUUACAGGACACAUUCACCCUGCGGAACGCAAAGUUUCAUUUUGUUGUUCAACUCUGGUGCCUCCAAACAAUCAAUGUCCACUGGCGAUAUCGGGGGCUUGGCGGAACGCGUCCCUCAUAAGGGGAAGCUAGGGUAAAUCCAAAAGUCCAUUCUCCAAUGUUUAUCGCCCAAGGUGUUUUUUUUUUUUUCCUUCUUUUUUUCUUUUUCAGAUGACACCAAUGAACCGGCGGUGUGUAUGGUAGAUUUUGCUUUUAAAAAAGAGUGUUUUUCCCUCUUGGUUUUGAUCUACGAUAACCCUUUCCUCCCUUAAAUGAAUGCAAUUUAUUUAAAAGAUGGUAAAUGUACAUGGUGUGUGUGUGUGUGUGUAUGUGUGUGUUUCUAUUGUCAUAUAAACGCAUGGGCCACUGUCUUUUACAUGUGAAUAAAUGGUUUCUAGUAAAGUUAAGGUUAUAUCUUCUGCUCACUUAUGGAUUUCCAUCUCUGAAAGAUCAGAGUGUAUACUCGACUAGAGCCAAAUUCAAUUUAGUAACAAUGGAGGAAGUUAAAUCAAAAUAUUUUCAACGGGAUAUAAACGUUAGUUUAAAUCUCUAACUUAUUCUAUAUAAAACCUUCACUGUUAUUCCCUUCAGCUUAAGGCAGCCCAAACAUGGCUGUCUGAAGACCACCACUUCUGCUGGUGCCACAAUUACUAUCAGCUAUGAAAAACGCUUAAUAGCUGUUCGGGCGUUUAAGGUUUGAGACAAGAAUUCAAAGCUCAAAUGGAUGUUUACUAGCUGGGGAAGGAUUGUCAGAAUGGGAACCCUGAAUGUUUCAAACAACAGGCAGCUGUAAACAAUUGCAACUAGUUAAAACAAAGUUUAGCAAAAAAAAAAAAAAAAAAAAAGUGAAUAUUUUCACCGUGUUUUUUUACCAAUUCGUUCUGAGUUUCCUAUAUUUAAUCACGGGAAUGUAAUCAGUUUCCCCAACUUAGUAUAAAAUAACUGGUCUUUGUCUUUAUUUUGAAAGUAAAAGAAUUUGGUGAAGGUCCCCUCUUCGCUUCAUGUAGUAUGACCUGGCGAAACUGUUUACAAAACCUUGAACUGUCUAGACAACACCAUAAAAGCCGAGGUUCUAAACAGCUUAAUUGGGUUAUAUUAUACACCUUCUGGUGGGUGAAAAAGAGAUUUCCGCAAAGUGCAAUAAAGGAAAGAAGUGAGAAAAGAAUCUGGCUUUUCUGAAUAAAAAAAUAAUAGAAAAGUGGGUCUCAUUACACUUGCACCCAGUAAACACAAAAGUACGGAAAUAAGUCCGGAAAAGACAGAAAAACUAAAAAUUAUCUGAUUAAAUCGUAAGGAGGCAUAGCUAAAAAAAUAAAAUUUUAAACUCUUUAGCAAGAAAAACAUAAGUGUAUGCCUUUGAACUUCCAAAAUGUCAAGGUCAUCACCUUUAACCUUUCUGAAUAAUUAGGCGCCUUAAGGUUCCUCUGUUAUUUUCAACCACCACCCACUCUCUCUCUCUUUCUCUCUGUCUCCCGAUCUCCUUCUCUCACACGCACA